CCAGAAUUUCAAUUCAAUCGAUAAACCCUGGAAAACCCAGAAUUUAAACAUUCUGCAAAUCAAAUCAAUACUAAAAAAAAAGUAAUAAUUCAAUGCCUAGUCAAGAAUCAAGUCAGCGGCUCACUGGUUCACCAAUUAGAUCUCGAAUUUCAUCUCUUAUGUUUGCUAUGUUCGCUACAAUGGCUUCCCUUUACGUCGCUGGCCGAUUGUGGCAAGAUGCGGAGAAUCGAGUUUAUAUGAUUAAGGAACUUGAUAAGAGGACUGAUAAGGGUCAGACAGCUAUAUCUGUUGAUGACACUUUGAAAAUAAUAGCUUGUCGGGAACAGGAAAAGAAACUGUCAGCCCUCGAGAUGGAACUGGCUGCAGCUAAAAAGGGGGGGUUUAUUUCAAAAUACUCAACAGGGAAUGAUGCUACUGCUAAGAAGAAGAAGCUUUUAGCUGUUAUAGGAAUUACUACACAGUUUGGUCGAAGGAGGAACAGAAAUGCUAUACGAAAAGCAUGGAUGUCUACUGGAGCUGCAUUGAAAAAGCUAGAGAAUGAGAAGGGCAUUGUUCCAAGAUUUGUGAUUGGAAGAAGUGCAAACCGUGGAGACAGUUUGGACAGAGAUAUUGAUGUUGAAAGCAGGCAGUCCAACGAUUUCAUCAUUCUUGAUGAUCAUGUAGAGGUGCCAGAGGAGAUUUCUACGAAGACAAAAUUGUUUUUUUCUCAUGCUGCUGAAACAUGGGAGGCUGAGUUCUAUGUCAAGGUCAAUGAUGAUGUUUAUGUUAAAAUAGAUGGCCUCGCUGCAAUUCUUUCUGCAAAUUUGGAUAAACCUCGUAUUUAUAUUGGGUGCAUGAAGUCAGGGGAAGUUUUCUCUGAGCUGGGUAAUAAAUGGUAUGAACCAGAUUGGUGGAAAUUUGGCGAUGGGAAAUCUUACUUUCGACAUGCUUCUGGAGAGAUGUUUGCCAUAUCACAGGAAUUGGCUCAGUUUGUAUCAAUAAACAGGUCCAUCCUUCGAACCUUUGCCCAUGAUGACAUCAGUGCUGGAUCUUGGUUUAUUGGACUGGAUGUGAAGCACAUUGAUGAAGCAAAGCUUUGUUGUUCUUCUUGGUCAUCAGGUGCUGUAUGUGCAGCUGGUUGACUUUACAUGGCAAGCAUUAUGUAUCUACUCAGUAUAAAUUUCAUGGAGACCAUUCUUUAGCCCCAGGCCCUCAGCGUAGGCCCUUGGUUGACAUUGAGAAUGACCAAUCGCUGCCACUGUAAGUUGAUUCUGUCUUUAUCUUAAGAGCACGAGACCUUCAGCAGCGACCAGCUCGUCAGUUAUGUUUCUUAGAAUAGGUCACCGCAGACCCUGAAACAACAUUGAUCAAUGAUCACAACUUGGUAUCUGCCGUUGAGGUUAUGCACUUGUAGAGAAGAAGUCCUUUUCCCUUACUGUGUAUCAUACACCAAAUUUUGACACGAAACGUACAGAAAGAAAAUCCCCCCCCCCCAAAAAAAAAAAAAAAAAGAAAAGAAAAAAAAAGAGAGAUAUUAUUAGAUUCAUUACAGUUAAUGUAAUUUGACAAGUGUGGGAUUGAAAAAUCAAUCUAUGCAGCAUAUAUUUUUUGCUCUAUUA